AUGAGUAUUGACACUACAUAUCAUUUACGUAUUCCUUUUGCAAGUAAUAAUAGUGAAGGAUUGCUCGAGUUGUUUCAUUUUGUAAGUAAUAAUAGUGAAGGAUUGCAGUGGUUGGGGGAAAAAACUCCUGAGCAGGUUGUCCGCAUAUGGGAAUAUUUUUUGCUUAUUGAGACAAAAUUAAUUUCAUGCAUGUUAUGUUGUGCCGUGAUGCAAAUGUGCUGCUAUGCAAACAUGCUUGUGUUUGUACAGACUUUGCAUGUGAUUUAUGUGAGAUUGCUAGGAAUUCAGUUUACCAAACUGGCUUUUCACAUGCUAUUAAGAAUAUGGGGCCUCUCAUUGGAAAGAGAUGAGGAUGAAAAGGCUGAAUUUAAAGCAAAGAUAAAAGAACUACCUCAGCUCCUUUUCGUUCAUCAGUUCACUGAAAAAGAUAUUUUAGCUUACAACUUGAGUAAACUUUACAGUUUUGUUCUUGGAGCUGCUGAAUGGGCGUUCCCCGCCGCCCCUCCGAACGCUGCUGGCCUCCCUCCUGAUGCCAUGGCUUCGCUCAAGCAGGCCCAGGCUUUCACUGGCAGUCCUCUGAUUCAAGCUCGUAAUUUUGCAGUCAUGACUGGUGUAAAUGCAGGUAUAUCUUGUGUCAUGAAAAGAAUAAGAGGAGUGGAGGAUUUGGAGAGUAGCAUGGCAGCGGCAUUUGGUUCUGGAGCAAUGUUCUCAUUAGUCAGUGGCAUGGGAGGCCCAAAUCAGGCAGUCAAUGCUGUCACAUCAGGACUUUUCUUUGCUCUUGUUCAAGGUGGCCUUUUCAAGUUUGGUCAGAAAUUCUCGCAACAGCCGGCUGAAGAUAUCUAUUACUCCCGUUCAAAAAACAUGCUGACACGACUUGGUCUUCAAAAAUACGAGAAAAACUUCAGGAAAGGCCUGCUUACUGAUAGUACCUUGCCUCUUCUCACAGAUAGCGCUCUCAGAGAUGUCAAGAUUCCUCCUGGGCCCAGACUCAUCAUUCUUGAUCACAUCCAGAGGGAUCCGGAGUUGAAGAAGGCGAAGCAGGCGAAGCACUGACGCUAUCCUGGGGGAUAUUGCUUUUCUUUGAGCAAGUAGAAGCUAUUUUGCAGUGAAUUGAAUAAUUCAGUUUUAUUUUUAUCCUGUUUAAAUAGUAGUUAUAUAUUUUUUUUUCUAGUACUCGUUGCCUUCUUCUGUUGUGGGCAUGUUGUUUACUUUUUCCUGAGAACAGUUGGGAGGGAUGCAUUAUCUUUGAGAAGUAAAUGCAGUAGGGGUGGAGGGUGUGAAUGUUUGUUCUGUGGGCAUUGGAGCUAGGGUGUUGAUUUUCUUUGGAAAUAAUUAGCUCAUCAAGGGGUUUCUGUUUCGAUGA